AUGACAUCUCUGGUGGUGACGGCGACUACUUCGGUGGACGCGGCUGAGUCGUCGACUGCGAGGACGACGGAGACGGUGGUGGCCGCGGCCGCAUCAACUGCAGAGGUAACCGCGGUGCCGCCGUCGGUUGUGUCGGCGGCGGCUUCCAUUUUGCCACUGGAGACCACCGAGAUCAUGGCCAUCUCCCUGCAGAUCCGUCGCGCCCUGGAAUGCCCAAUAUGUCUGACCAUGAUGUCUGAAAUGUCGUGCUUCUGCCCCAAUGGGCACGCCAUGUGUCAGUCGUGCACGAUGACGCUGUUGAACACCAGCACUACCGACACCCUGUGCCCGCUGUGCCGGACGUCGAUGGUGCAGUCCGAGAGCAUGUCGGCCAUGGUCAUUAAACUGGCUGAGGCCACUCCGUUGGUGAAGGUGGCGUGCUCAAACCGGUCGUUCGGGUGCCCCGAUCUGGUUCCCGUUCGAUACGUUAACGAACAUGAGUCCGUGUGUCGGUACCUGCCGGAUGUGCCGUGUCUGGUCCCUGUGUGCCAGUGGGUGGGCAUGUACGAACAGCUGUACGAACACGUGUUCAACGUGCACCCUGGUGUCACCGUUGAAUCUUCAACAAACCGGCUGAACGUGACCGACCUCCACACAAUUACUAGGAACCAGCGCCGGACGUACCUGGUCCGUUCGGCGUCCGACAUGAUGUGGGUGCUGGUGUCCAGGGGGACGAGGUCUCGGAUCCAGACGGGACUGUUCAUGGUGCAGAGGAGCACUCGGGAAUAUCGAGCCAACCCACGACCACCGGGAUUCUUAUACCGGAUCACCACGUGGUUCGACGGAAACCACCGGGCCCGGACCAAGAGCAGGACGAAGCCGGUCUUCUGGAGUACAGCCCUGAAGGAGGGUCACACCUCGGCUUUUCCCAACGCGUACUCCAUGUUCCGGCCCAGGUCUGUUCGAAUGGAGAUCAGUUGGUUCCGUCGGUACGAUAGCAACAGCCAGGUCCGAAGCCAUCCCUCCUCCACUUGA